UUAACGAAAAGCUGACUUCACGCACAACAGUUUAUAAAGCUAAUCUUCUGACUCACAGAAGUUUGCUAAAUGUAAAUACUUGUGAUCAAAGUUCCCGAAGCAUAAGUCCUAUUGCCACAGAGAAAUAUUGUUCGUAAAAGUUUAGCUUUAAAGUAACUUGUGUAGAACUGAAUGUUGUUAAGUAAAGUCGAUGACCUAUUUGACCUAUUGUUAUCCUUCCAGGAAUGUUAUAGUGAGAAAACUUUGUUUUCAAAUGAAAAUUGUUUCAACUGCUUAAAAAACAACGACGAAAAAAGAAAACAAGAAAUAAAAUUCAGUUAAAAAAAUUAACACAUACACUCGACAUGGGAUGUACUGUUAGUGGCGCAUCGGUAUUGAGAGGAAAUACCGGAACUCAGUUAAGUGAAAACUUAACUCCUCGACAGGUGGAGCUAGUGAGAGAAACGUGGACCUUAUUAUCUGUGGAUAUGACAGCAACUGGAAUAUUCAUUUUUAACAGGUUUCUGACGGACUAUCCGGAAUUGUGUGAUUUGUUUCCUUUCGUGAGUAUAGCUAAUGAUGGAAGGUAUAUUUGGGAUGAUCAAGGACUUGAGCGUCACGCGUUAGGUGUCAUGCAAGCUUUAGAGGGAGCUGUAAACAACCUGGAAAAUACACAACUUUUGUCCACCAUCUUGUUUGACUUGGGACAAAAGCACGCUCGCUACAACGUUGAAGAGUCAAUGCUAGAUAAACUGUGGAGAUCCCUGAGAGGCUCUUUAAAGGAAGCUUUACAAGAGAAGAUGACGGAUGAAGUUGAGCAUGCGUGGUUUUGUGUUUUUAGAUUCGUCGCACGUCAAAUGAUUGAUGGCAUGAGACAUUAUAGAAACAUUUGAUUCAGAAAUGAUCAUCCUAUGAUUUAUCAUCAACAUUAUAUAUGGAUUUUAUGAUUCUAAUAACUCGUAUAUCAGAUAGAGCAUAAUAGAAUAUAUUUAAUAAAAACAAACCAA